AAACUACACCGAGAUUUGGAAUAUUACGUUACAGUCCAGCAGGAAAAUGGCGACUGUCAUUCAUAAUCCUCUAAAAUCGUAAGUAAACUGCAGAUGGAUAUUCAUACGUUUUUGCACAGUCGGGUUGCAUGUAGUGAGUGUAUUCAGGAUGCAUACAGGGUUAAUCGCCUUUUUUCUGUUUGGAAGCUAGACAUCAACUCUUGUACCAUUUACUUGGUCAGUCUCCGUGUGUGUUUUCUGCAGGUACCGCUGCUUUAUGUGUUGUAUAAUAUGAAAGCAUGCUCUCAUGCACAAUCUGCACAGGAUUCAUCUCCAACACCGCGCGUAAAUACACGAACGUUUCCGCACUUGGUUUUUUUUUACUUACUUCACUUAAUGAAAGUUGCCACCGUCCUCAUUAUCUACCGUAUAAACACGCCUGACAGAAGUUUGCAUGCAGGGUUCCUUUGUCGAUGCACGACUGGUGAAUUUGCAUAGAUAAUUUCAUGCAAUUUGCUCCACAAAGCGCACAUUGAGAGGGCGACUCGUGGUUUAAUGCGCGGCUCGUGUUUUUGCUGCGGAUGCCAAAUGCAUUUAUUUGCCACAUAGCGCGUUAUUAUACGCAUUUAUACACGAAAACCUUCCGUUGGAAUCAAUCAGAUUGUUAUUAUGAACAAUGAUAUGUGAGCAGUUUCUAAUUUAAAGAAUUACAGAAUGGGUUUAUGCAGGAUUUUGCAUGGUCAUUUUGAGUAAAAGUGUAUAAAAUAAGUUUUAUCAAGCACUGAAAGAUGCUUAUUGCUUUUGUUUGUUAUUUUGAAUUUGUGUGUCCUAUAUUAUUCAUUGUUUUGGCACCCUUUGGACACCUUUCACAUUGCCAAAAGUGUGAAAAAAUAUUAUUUGCAUAAAACUUAUAAUGCCUGUUGGCUCUAUGUUCACACCUAAAAUGUGGUAACUACACUGUAAAAAAAGAAUAAUUGAGAAAACUUUGCAGUAAGAUUUUUUAAUUGUCGACGAUUUGCUUGGUCAAUGUCCUAAAUGACAUCUCAUCGUUGUAUCAGUUACGUUUAUGCUGUUCGGUGAAUGGUCACUACUAUCUGUUAUUCGUUUUGCCAAUAUAAACACUUAUAUUUGCUCAAUUGUUUUUUAUUUGUCACGACUAUUGAUUCUUCAUUCGCUAGCAGCCGCUUGCUAAUGGCUAUAGUUAAUGGCUUUCUCCGCAGCGAGCGAGCGUGGAGGCAGCGUGCGUCGUGAAUGCACCCUAGAGAUAAAAUCGCCUGCUCAGUUACAUGUGCGAUUAAACACGCGGCUGAGAAACACGUCGUGAGGAAACAGAAAGAUAAUUUUCCGGCAGACAAGCAUUGUUAGCUAAACUGAAAAAGUAGCCAAUUUACUUAUGUAAAUUUGGUAAAGCAGAACAACACCACAUUCUCUUAGUUUUUAUUUGUCAUGACUAUUUAUUCUUUGUUCUGCCAAUAUAAACAUUUAGCAGCCCUAGACGUCGGCUAGCAGUCGCUUGCUAAUGGCUAAAGUUAACGGCUUGCUCCGCAGCGAGUGAGCGUGGAGGCAGCGUGCGUCGUGAAUGCGCCCCGGAGAUAAAAUUGCCUGCUCAGUUACAUGUGCGAUUAAACACGCGACUGAGAAACAUGUCAUAAGAGAACAGAAAGAUAAUUUUCCGGCAGACAAGCAGUGUAGAUAGACAAGCAUUGUUAGCUAAACUGUAAAAGUAGCCAAUUUACUUAAGUAAAUUUGGUAAAGCAGAACAACACUGCUAUUAGUUCAUACACUUAAUACAGUUAAGACAAGUUUAUUUUCACACAAAAUACUUAAACAACUUGGAACGUGGUAAACCCCGUAGGUCUUCUUCGGCAGAUCUCAUGGGUCAAUGUCAGAACUGCAUCAUGGGCAAACAACAAAUUGCAAAUUCUGCUAAAUUAGAAUUACAUAUUUGGUCUCUAUUGAGGUGCACAUUGUUGGUCUGACAUGUAGUUUCUUAUUAAAUAAUAGCUAUUUUAAUUUUCUUUGUUCACCAAAUUAAGAAAACAAACUCUUGUGAAUAGAUUGUCUUUGAUUGUCGUUUUUUUAACAGUGUAUGCAUCCAUCAUCUACUUUAAAAAUCUGCUUUAAGCUGCUGUAUUCUACCGACACAGAUUAGGAUUUGGAGUAUGUAGGUAUACAGUAUGUGCGUGUGUUUGUGUUUUGUGUGUAGAGCAGCAGAUUAGGAGCAUCCCAGUACUCUCCUGGGUCCAUCUGUUGAGAGAGGGCGAGGUAUGUAAAGAGAAGACGCUGGGGCAGAGGAGGGAGAACCCCAUCUGCCCUUCAUAUACGGUGGGAUUUAAUCAGAUGGACUGCCCUAAACCAAACCAACCCCCACUCCAUUUAAUAUCUGGAAAAACAGAAAACAAACUGUGUGUGUGGGGGGGGUUGUGUUAAGACUCCACCUAAAAGAAAAUGGACAUAAGAACCAGGUUUUAUAAAUUAUUGAGACUGUACUCUGGAAUGUAGUGGAUAAAUCAUAUCCAGUCAAUACAGGCUUAGUUAUAGCCUUACUGGCUCCACUUCUACUUUCAGCUGUGCAAGAUGAAUUACAAGCAGCCAGCUGUAAAUAUGUCUGGCCCUCUGGACACAAUCAGACAUUUUUAGCCAUGCAUAUUACCUGAUUUAUUCAAACUCUUAUUUCUAAAAUAAAAAAUAAAAAAUCCUUCUUUCUGAUUUAAACCUUGAAGGCCCGCAGCUAUAGAGAGAUGACAUGAGAGGUAUUCAAAUGAGCAAAUAAAAAUUCAUAUGCAGAAGUGCAUUCAUGUGCAUAUUACUGUUCUCUUUUACCUUACUUCUUAUUAGGUCUCAGAGCUCAGGUGGAGAGCGGCUGGUCUGUGUUUGCAUGAGGACUGAGAGGGGGAAAUGUAAUGGAGAAGGUGAUAUUGUGUAUGUACUGCAGGGGUCAAUGCUUGUGUGUACGUUUUGUUGAAUUUGCAGGCGCUUGUGUAGCUGUUUGCCCUUCCCCCCCAUUUUGCGUGAGACGCGGCGUGAGUGAGUGAUGGAGGUUUUUUUGGGGCUGAGAAGUGGUGGGGGGUUGUCUGUCUGGCUGCAUUUACUGCAUACAUUUAUACUACAUCCUCAGCACAGGGGGGAACUCUGGCCUUUGUCUAAGAAAGGAAUGGGAAUAUCCGGGAAUGGUUUCCAGGCAUGUGGAAUUAAAUGGCCAGGGACGUUUUUCUUCAUGAAAGCCCCAUACAGUGAUCAAUCCUGUGAUUUUUUCCCCCCUGUUCUAUACAUGCAGCUGGCAUAUUUCCCUCUUUUUGUGAGUGAGUGUGAGAUUCCUUCAAGAAGAGUGGGGUGAUGGGAUUCAUCUGCGUGUCACUCCUCAUUUUUAAAACAGUGUUUUUUCUCGAGUAGACACGCUUUUUUCAGUUUUUCCUCCCCAAACCCGCGCUGAACUGAUGCGAGUUAUCGUUCUGCCCACGUCUUCUGCUUCUGCUUCCUCUCCUUCACCUCACCAUCCUCCGCCUCUUUCUGAGCAAAACAACGGCAGCAUCUGAAUCAGGGUUUCCCCCUACUUCUCUCCUUUUCCCCCCUCCGCCUGCACUCUGUACCUUUCCCUUUCAUAGCCUUUGUGCGUGUCUGUGUGUGCGUGCGUGAGUGUGCUCGUGCGUAUGUACAUCCGCACGUUUGAGAGAAAAUGAGUGUGACAGGGUUUGAAAGGGAACACGUGUGCCCCGGGACAUAUCGGACCCCUCCUCUUCCCUCCUGUUCUGCCUCCUUGGCUCCUCCUUUUUGUCCUUUUCCUCCAUGCCUGAUCGUCCUGCUACAAAGUGCCACAAUAAUGCCUACCAGUUCCUGCAGGCUGCUGCUCUGCACCUUCUACUGGGCGUUUCACCCUCUAGAAAUGGACUUAGCUUGCUGUUACUUACCAUUAUUACUUGUUUCUGGAUUCUUCUUAAAAUAAAGUCAUUCGUCUUAGUUUAUAUUAAUAGCAUGUUAUAUACAGGCUCUAAAACAUCUCAUAGGUUGGUGUUAUCCUCUAGAUUGCUGUCAAAGCACCAGUGUAUGUUACACACUGUCAACAAUCUAGAUGAUAGCACUACUAUGUUCCAAAACCUGCUCUCAAUGGCUCUACAACAGCAGCACAGCACAUUUGGUGAGAGAUUCACCCAAAAAUUCAAGUCAGUCCCAAGUUUCUUAAGUAUGAGGUGCAAAAAUAAAACACAAAAGCAAAGUACAAAGUGAUGAAGUCAACUAGGGAUUGAACAUGGGAUAUGAUAUGUCUGCUGGCAAAUAACCUGCCACGCACUGAUAACAGGAGCUGAUGUUUAUCUGCACCUCAUCACAUCUUAUCUUUAUCUUUGUUGCAUCGAUUUAAUACUGACAGACCAGAAUGCCCGACUGCUGAUUUAGUGAGGCUGUUUUAUUGUCAGGCUGAGAGAGUCAACAGAUUUUUUUUUGUGGUUUAGAGUCAGCAGCGGUAUCAUAACUGGCUGAUAUAUGCCUGAUACUGAGCAGCUGAGAGGGAUGAGGGAUUGACAGGGAGCGGCUUUCUGUCAAAGUCAGGUUACGCCUCAGAAGCUUGGAUGAUUAAACUCUAAUUAUGAUUACUCUGAUUAAACGGCACUAUUGCGCAAUGGUCAUUAUUUGCACUAUUGCAUCCAUAUUGUCAGAUUUGCACUUUACAUCCACAUCAGGACUGCCAUACUGUUUACAUUCACCUUCUUCCUUGUAUUUAUACCGUUACAUUGUUUAUACUGUUAUGCUGUUAAUAUUGUUAUCUUUAUUUUGUAAAUUGAGAGUAUUUAAGGUAGUCUUUUGUUUAGCUUAGAUGUUUAUUCUCAUAUUUAUUCUUUUAUAGUUUUAUUCUUAUAGUUUAUUCUUAUGCACUGUGGGUCUGAGAGGACUUAAAUUUCAUCUGUGCUGUAUGUUUAACAUGUAUUUGACAAUAAAGUUGACUUUGAUUAGCAGCUGCCUUGCUGCUGUUAAUAUUAGUAAAUAUUAGUAAUGGCUGCAUGUUAACAAGGGCCUGACAGAUUUAUCGGCGAGCAUCUUAAAUCGGCCAAUUUUAGCCCAUUUGAGACCAAUCGGUAAUCGGCCAAAACUCACAGAUUUUCGCCGAUAUUUUCAGAAAUAAAAUGCGGAGAGUAAGAUUUGGUUUCAAAAGUUCCCCGACUUAUCCUGUAGAUGGUGCAGCGAUCUCAUGACAAUCUUCAUAGUUAGUGAAAUACACAAUAAGUCAACAAGUUUCAGUUCAACCCACUUCAUGAUGUUCCCUGCUGUGCUGGUCUCGGUCACGCCGAGUUAACGGUGAAGCACCAUGUAAUAUGCAAGCUAAAGUUAGAGUUAGCCAUCUGCUAUUAGCCUUGCUACAAAGUUAGCCGUGCCAGUAAUGGUAGAAUAAACAACAGUACACAUUACAUGAUCGAGCUACUUCUCUUACUGAGGCAGCUGCAUGUCUCCAGAUGAGACCGGAAAUGAGUAACGUGAGUUAAGACGCGGAGGCACUGAUUGGCGAGGGGGGAGUUGAAAACGCUUUUCUGGUCCGAGUUUGAUCAGUCGGUCUUCCUGUCGGCGUGAAGAGCAGUAGCCUACAGUAUAUCUGCAGUAUAUACAGUAUAUAUAUAUUUUUCAUAAAUUCAUAAAAAAUUUAAAAAACAGACCGAUUAACCGGUAAAUCAGAUUUUUUUUCCCCAAAAAUUAUUGGUAUCAGCGUUGGCCCCAAAUAAUCCAUAUUGGUUGGGCCCUAAUAUUAACUGGAUUGGAUUUAUACUGUGGUUGAUAGUCUCCUUCCCAGAGUGUGAGCUCGACUGAUGUGGCGUCCGUCACAUGCACAUCCAGGCAGAUAUUGGCUGUGCGUCAUAUUGGGAAAACUAGAUUUAAAAUAUGUGGGGAAUUUUCCCGCUUUCUAAGUACUCAUCUUUCAGGAAUUGAAACGCUAUCGGUGGACACGGGCCCUUAGGCUUUUACACAACUAUAGAUAUAAGAAUAUCAAAUCAGAGGAAUGAACAGUUGCCUUGUUGGAGUGGAAUUCUCCAAAGUUAUUAAUGGUUUAAAGCAAAGCAUCCUCUUUAGAUUUCAUUGAAGGGGAAGACGCUGGAUUGAGUCUGUUUACAUUCAUGCUUGAAAUGUAGUAGAAGUGAUUAAACAGUAAUUUAAAGUUGAUUUCCAGCCAAUAGACAGAUUUUUUAUGAUCAGAGAUCUCAUUGGGGAACUUUUGUCUACAAUAUGGUGGAUAUAAGACUACUGUGAGCUGCAAAGAACAGACAGAAAUACAUGACUGGUUUAGAGAUUACUUCAGAUUUGAUCAGAAAGUCAGAUUAAUCGAGCAUCCUCUACCCCUCGGCUGAAGAUUAAGUGAACUUUUGACUGUCUAUCAUGUAGAUAAGCUCCGUCUGAGUUAGAUUUUACCUGGAAACAUCAACCUUAUCAUGAGCGGCUCUGUACCGCCAUUGCUUCUGUGCUUUUGAUAAGACUGACCGUCACGCACAUAGCCCGUUUGUGCCGGUAUGGGAGCAAUCGAGACAACAACACGCAAGUGCGCGCACACAACAAAUACAGAUUCCAUCAGUAUCCAGGACGCUGUUGACCGAGAGGAAUGUUUUCCCCAACAUGCAAAAUACUCGACUUACAUAAGCAGCAUCACAAGGAUCAGCCAUACCGACGACUAAUGGGUACAAAAAGGAGCACAGUACAAUCUCUGGUGGGUGAAGCGGGUGAAUCUGAGGGGAGGGGGGGAGAUGUCUGUCAGGACACGCAACAAUCACACAGAUGGUCUUACAGGCAUACAAACACAUGCACACUUUACUUUCACUCAGCUGAAUACACCUCUCAAAUGAAUGCACAGCAGGCACAGUUGCUUAUGUAAGAGGUUACAGUGCCGCAGACACUUUGCUGCUGGAAAAGUGAAGGAAAAAAAAAUGCAGGAAAUAUGGGAUGACACGGGGAGGAAGAGAAGGAGGAAAGUGAGGAAGACAGAUGCUGAGAAAUGCCUUUAGGUCCACACAGACACACAUUAACACGCACACACACACACGUCUCAGCUCAUAUAUUUAUAGUGAAAGCAGUGACACCGGGUCAUAUCUGGAAAUGUGAGUUAUGUGAUAGGAAGUCUCUUUUGGAGAUCUGGAUUUAUACCGAUAAGUGGGACUGCUGGUUUGGCAAACACACACACACACACAGACACACACACACACACUGAUAAACAGCUGUGUUUCUCAUCUGCACAGGUCUCCUGACAUUAACCUCAGCCAUGUCUACCACAUGUGUUAAAGUCCCGACAGAGUACUGUAUCCACACUAUGGCACUGAAGGGGGCACACGGCGCUGCGACUUGAUGCUGCUCUACUGUUGAACACUUUAAAGCUCCCAUGAGGAUAAUUGUAAUGAUAAUUAUGCAAAUGAGACAUCACACUGCAAAAAAGGAAUUUCAAGAAAGGAAACAGCCUUGUAUCAAGGAAAUGAGUCUUGUUUUUUGUACAAGAAGAAUAUUCAUCUUGUCAAGCAGGUUUGGCAUUAGAAAAAUUAUCUAAUUUUAAGAGAAAAUGACUUUUUCUUGAUCAGAUAUUCCAGGUAAUUUUGAGAUAGAACGAACCAGAAAUAGAGUAAAAAAGUGUUAUACAAUAAAAUCCAGCAGAGCAACAAGAUCAUUCGUCUCAUUUUAAGAGUAAGACAUAUGUACAACUUCUUUAAGAAUGCCAUGAACAAGAACAGUUGAUUUUUUAAAUCAACAUUUCCAUUGCAGGUUAUCUGAACUAGGGCCCGACAGAUUUAUCGGCGAAAUGAUUAAAUCUGCCAAUUUAGCCCGUCUGAGACUAAUCGGUAAGCUGCCAAAACUCUCCAAUAUUUUCCAAAAUAGAAUGCGGAGAAUACGAUUCAGUUUCACUUCGAAAAUGUUCCGCCAUUUGAAAAGUUCCCCGACUUAUCCUGUAGAUGGUGCAGCGACCUCAUGACAAUCUUCAUCCACUAACUACACUGUUAGCCGUGACAAUAACAGUUACACAUUACGUGAUCGAGCCACUUCUCUUAUGAGGCAGCUGCAUGUCUCCAGAUGAUAUUUUUCUGGUCCAAGUUUGAUCAGUCAGUCUUCCUGUCGGCGUGAAGAGCAGUAGCCUACAGUAUAUCUACAGUAUAUACAUAUUUUUUGUAACUUAGCUGUUUUUGCCUUGCAGCAUUAACGAUCUACUGUUUCUGUAAUCGUCUUCAAUUCCUUCAAAUUCUACGGAGGACUAUGUCGAGUUCAGCUUUUCUUAUGUCUCCUACAGCACAAGAAAACAUUUCUAUUCAUACUUUCAUUUCUACAAAUCAAGCACCUCUUUCUUUCCCCUCCAUAAAUGUUUCUCCUUUCUUCUUUUUCACUUGCAGUACCUGGUCAAGUCCCUGUUGCUCGCUGCUCCGACCUCUUACCCUUUUUCCACUCAACCCCCUUUUCCUCACCCAUCCACCCUCCACCUCCAAACACUGCACAUCUUUGUGAGCUCCAGUGUGACCAGAGUGCUGGUCUUUGUCCAGCUUUGGCAUUCUUUACAUAUCUGUGAGGAGGAUCCACAGAGCGACCAUCUCUGCUCGGCAAAACCUGAAAUCACCCAUAAGAGCAGAUUCCCCUUUACAUCAGUCUGAUUUGAUGUCAUUUGUGCCAAAAGAUGAUUUAUACGGGCUCCUGCUGGCUUCAGGUCAGACCUAUGAGGAACUAUCAGUCCUCUAUCUUCUUGUCUGGAUUUCUGCCAUAUAAAAAAACAUAACAGACGCAAAUUAGAUUAAAGUUUGUCCAUCUUGGUUUGUUCUGUCCAUCUAUAAUGCUGUUACUUGCAGAAAUCUUGCCUCUGAACUGAGACUGUAGGGAUAAUAGACGGCUCACAUCUUGAUUUAUCCUCUCUUGUCAGUUCAUAGUGUGUGUGUGUGUGUGUUUGUGUGUGCAGUCCUUUUAUUGAGCAGUAAUUUAUCAAUCUGACAGGGUGGAGAAUUUCGUCUUUUCUUACGGUGUUUCUCGGUUUCCUGCAUGUGUGUGUCCUCUUUAAGCUCUUCAUGCUUCGUCUCAAAGCUCCAAAUCCAGGUCCUAGAGUGAAACAGAGCCAAACUGUGGAGAGGAGCCUGCUGUAUGAUAUUAGACAAACAUUAACCGGGUCCGAACAGGGUCCGCUCGUACUUGAUUUGCUGACCGUACCGAAUCAUCAGCCGCUAUGCACAUGUUCUGCCACUAACAAUCUGAAAUUUUUCAAACAGCAGGAAUGACUCAGCGCAUAGAAAGCAGAAAUCAAAGCAGCAUGCUGCAAAUAGCAAACAGACUAUAAUAUUAUUCCUGGGUAACAAGAUCUCCAAAGAGGUCUUCUCUAACCGCCUUGUGAUACUGCUUCAGUAGUUGUGGAAGUAGAUUGUAAAAGUGAGUUUUAUGCACGGUUAUUUGUACAUUCUUAUUUGUCCUCUGGCUGUGUUCAGGCUCGGUGACCAGUUCUACAAGGAGGCGAUCGAACACUGUCGCAGCUACAAUGCCCGCCUCUGUGCGGAGCGCAGCGUGCGGAUGCCCUUCCUGGACUCACAGACCGGCGUGGCGCAAAACAACUGCUACAUCUGGAUGGAAAAGCGUCACCGCCAACCAGGUGAGGCGCUACAGCUGAUCGAAACAACAACCUCCUGAUACAAAUUUGACCUUCAGUUCACUUAAGUGUUUCAAGCUUUCCUUCACUCUUACUCGUGGUGUGAUAAUAGCAUAACUGUUAUUGCUAAUUAGGAAUACAGGUAGUGUAAAACAGCUAUCUUCAGUAUGCUCCAAAAUAUAACAUUAAAUCUGUUCAACUGAUAUAAAAAAAAAACCUGUAUUAUAAAUUUGUCAAAUUGUCGACAAUUUCUUGUCAUUUUCUUUAGUCUUAUACUGCGUUCCAGUUACCUUGGAAGUCAGAUGUCCAAGCUGGGAAUGACGUCACACCCGAGUUACCAGCGUGUCAGUCACCAAGUCAGAAAAAAAGCAAAAUCGGAGGCAGAAACAAGAUGGCUACAUCUAUGAAAGUUAUUUUAGCGCUUGUUAUUUAAGUUAUUUUAAGUUAUUUUAGCAUUCCCUUUCGUCGAUGUAGCCAUCAUGUUUUCGCCUCUGAUUUUGCUUUUUUCCGACUUGGUGACUGAAACGCUGGUAACUCGGGUGUGACGUCAUUCCCAGCUCGGACAUCUGACAUCUGAGGUAACUCGAAUGCAGCAUUAGAGACUGGGGUUGCUAGGUGAGCCAUAUACAGUAGACAGACACCAUUAAUUCAUGAAAAGGUCAAAUGUUUUUAAGUGUUAUAAGAGGUGUUUAUAAGUCGAUUAUUUCACCUUUGGACAGAGUCAGACUGGCUGACAGGUAAAAACUAAAGUUUAGUGAGUGUAUUUGUAUUAGAGGUACUAAUUUGAACAUUGAAUAAUUUUAAUUAGCAGCCUUUUUCAAACUUUGGUGCAUAUUUUUUGGUUUUAGAUAUAUUGAAAUACGGAUACCAGAUAAUACUAGAUAAGACAGAUAGACUGAGUCAGAACAAGCAAGCGGUCAGCAACAUUCAUCUCUCGACGGGGUGUCUAACUCUGUGUUAUGGCGUGUUUGACCCUAAGUUAAUUUUACGCUGGAAUAUCCCUUUAAUGCUUUGAUAACUUAGCAUAUUAACACUCAAGCUGUUACCUGUCCAAAACCUCAUCUCUAGCGGAUUGUAAAACAUCUGUCUUGUUGGUAUUGAACGUCUUAUGCAGAUACGAACAGAAGCAGAAACGCAUAAAUGUUGCAGGAGGUUAAAAAGGUGAGCUCACGCAUCUCUCGUCAUCGUACAUAAAAAGUCGACCCACUUGCUGGAUUUCCCUGAGACGAGAUGUCAGGAUGCUUCCUGCACAUCUGGGUCGCCUGUACAGCCAAAGGGAACAAUCUGCUUUCUACAGAGAGACGGACACAAAUAGCCUUCGCUCCAUCUUGUAUGCUAAGCCCUUCAGGCCACACCCUAUACUUUGUGGCAGACCUAACUCACAUUAUAUGCAUUUAUUCUAGGUUUGUCCCCCCUCCCCCUCCUUCUCUCCUGUUCUCCAUUUUGAUCUCCUGAGCUAUUGCAGAAUUACGAUCUAAUAUAAGCAAAGACAAGCAUAUUUAGGUCAAGUUUAUAAAAACAUUUACAGUUAAAAUAGAUUUAUCUACUCAGAGUACAGCUGAUAAAAUCAUCUAGACAUCUACCGACACUUAGGGAACAUAAACACGGUCUGAAAUUCAGCUUUUUGCGACAAACAGUUUCUUGGAAUCGAGCGAGAAAGCAGAAUUUUGUUUUAAACAUGAACCUUGGCUUGAGUGCUAAAAUAGGGACAUAUUAAGUAUCUGGAAAACAAGACCAGUCAACUGUGUGUGUGUCUGUGUGAGUCUGUGUGUGAGGUCAAGGUCUCAAUGCAAGUUUUGUUCAAAUUGUAAGCCUGCCAGUGGUUGUUAAAAUUCUUCCUGUGUGCCUCUUUCUCUGCAUGUGUGUACGUCCACAUCAAUACGCGUUUCUGUGUGCAUGUGUGUGUGUGUGUGUAUGUGUGUGUCCAGGCCAGGCGGCGGGACAGAUGUACACAUACCCUGCUCGCUGCUGGAGAAAGAAGAGGCGACUCCACCCUCCCCUGGAUCCACAGCUCCGCCUGUGUGAGCUUCGACUAGGUAAGGCAAACAUACAUUUACACGCACAAAAAAACACACAUAAAGUCAUAUCGCACAUUUAUUUGCAUGCAGAGCGAAGACCAAUGGUUUAUCCAACAAAGCGCACUUUUACCGGUGCACCCGACCACUUUUUCCUCACACUGACUUAAUAUGAAUGCAUGCAUGUUGUUGCCUUGUGUGUGUCUGCACAGAGCUUCGAGGUGUGCUCAGUGGCCUUAGUGCUCCCUAUCUGACCAUCUGGCUCUGGUUAGCCCGUCUCUCUCGCCAGGUCUCCAGGUUCAUUCUCUCCCCUGAAUCAAUGCCUCCUCUCACUGUUCUCUGGCAGUACACACACACACAUACACACACAUGCACGCACAUGCAAAAUGCACAAACACCCCCACACAUGACUCUCCAUUGCAGCACCAGAAGCACCCUUACUGGGCCUCUAUAAUCAUUUGUCCAUGAGGCAUUAGAAUGUAAGUGAGUCUUAUGAUGUGGAAGUGUGUGCUUUUUUGUAUGCCUGUGUGCAUCCAUGCAUGUGUGUGUUUGGUGUGUGCUUGUGUGUGUGUAUGUUUUAGGGGAUUUUAGCAAAAGGAAUGCCCCAGGAACCUGAUAAGGGGGAGAAAUAAAAGCAGGCCUUUGUUUCGGCUUUUCCACACUAUUGUUUCCCUCUCACUGUCUUCCAGACGCAAUUUAAUACUCCAGAGAUUUUCUACCAAGAACCGUUUCGGCUCUAAGGAGAGGACGGAGUCGUUUUAAAAGGGGAAAAGAAAGAGGAGCUGCAAAAAUCCAACCAACCUAAGCCCCUCAUAUUGGAAGAAAAACUAGAAAUAUACCAAGAGAAGCAGGAGAGGCUUUUGUAACGGAGGGUGAAAGAGAAGUUUGUUUUUCAGGGAUUUAGUUCUGCAGUUUGGCCCAGAUAUCUAUCAUAACACGACAGAGGAAUGUGAGCGCUCCCAUUUCAGUGCUCUUGGAAAUGCUUUAUGUUUAUUUAAUACUUCCUGAGCAGAGAGGUUUGUCUCUUUGAGUGAAGAUACGCAGAGACUCUGUCACAGGGUUACUUUGACAUGGUUUCAAACUACAGCUGAAUUCCCUGUUUGGUGGAUCUUCUACUUUUUUUUUCAUGUCGCAGCUCGAACUGGAAGUUAAACUCAGCUGCCAUUUUGAUUCCAUAUGUGUGAAAUUUUUGUUAUUUCUUACAUUAACAAUGCAAGUAAAGGUUUGUCCACUUUCCUGUUUUCUUAAUAAAGACAGAAAAACCUGGAAUAAACUUACAUUAAAAGAUAAGGGCCUGUGCACACUACAAGCAUUUUUGUGCCAGCAGACCUAUUUGCUAAACAGAUUCACAGUAGUUUGCCAUUUUUAUAGGUGAGGCUAUUCUGAUGCCAUAGUUCACAUUUAGUUACCUCCUGACCCCCUGUUAGUGUCAUAUCUCUGGUAACUGACCAAUCAAAAUCAACAAAGGGCCUCUGACAGCGGCACACAGGAGGAAGUGAAUGACUCUUGUUGUUUUGAGGUCCAGAGCAGCUGCUGAUUCUAUUACAUGGUUUCUAUCGAGUCUUCUUACAAGUAAAGAUGAAGAUGUCAUUUCCUACUCUUCCUUACUAAAGACAGAAAAACCUGAAAUAAACGUGUAUUAAAGGUUAAGGGCCUGUGCACAUUACAAGCAUUUUUGUGCCAGCAGCACCUUUUUGCUAAACAGAUUCACAGAAGUUCGGCAUAUUCAGUGAUUAGCAUCCUAGGUGAGGUUAUUCUGAUGCCAUAGUUCACAUUUAGUUACAUGACCCCCUGUUAGUGUCAUAUCUCUGGUAACUGACCAAUCAAAAUCAAUAAAGGGCCUCUGACAGCAGCACACAGGAGGAAAUGAACGACUUUUGUUGUUCUGAGGUUCAGAGCAGCUGCUAUUUCUAUCAUAUGAUUUCUAUCGAGUGUUUUCUUUCAAGUCGAAGCAAAUCUAAAACAUAUUAAGGGCCCGAUCUACUAAGAUCCCAAAUAGCGAGCGCUAAAUCGCGAGUGCAAACUAAAAAAUUGCACAUGCUAUUAGUGGGCGUGUUGCACGCGCUGUUUUGCUCAUUUGACAGACGCAAUCCUCGGUGCACCCGGUUAGUAGAUCAGGUUUGUGUGCGCUAUCAAGUUUGCAUGUGUUUUUUCACACACAAACCUUUAGUAGAUCAGGACCUAAGUGUUUCAAAAACCCAGAUGAGGCCCUUUAAGUUGGGGUUGGAGGGACUACCAGUGCAAAAAUAAAGGAAAUAAUAAUGCGGUUAGUGGACACAGGCCCUUUCUUUUUACAUUUUAGUAGAUUGAAGCUCUUGAGUUUAACAUGCUUACUUUAUUCAUAUCUUUCAACCUAAUUUAAGCCUUUUGGUUGCACAAGUGUUUCAUCUUUGCACCGUAGGAUCUCUUUUUUUUGCAAAGUUGCAUUUUGUCCUGGUCUAAAAUUCCUUGUACGGGUAAAGCCAUUAACCAUGUGGGUUGUAAACUUCCUAGCAUCUUCCUCUAGACCACUCUGUCUCUUAAAAACUCUCCUCUUCGAACCCUUAACAUCCAAAGUAGAAUAAUUAAACUGACACUCAGCUGUGGACAUGAUUGAACAUGUCCCUGGUAAUCUAUCAGUCACUGGAUUCUCAUAUAUGGAUGUUUGAGUGUGUUUGAGGUGUGAGCUGAAGGAUGGUGUUGCUGCUUUUUCCAGCCAACGAGAAAAUUCAGCUCUAUAGUCUCACCUCAUUGCCCUGGAGACUUAAGAGAGAGGUGAAGAGGUCAGGAAGGGGAAUGAGGAUGGGUGAGAGAAGAGAGAAAUGGGAAUUUUAGUGAAGGAGAGGAAGAAGGGGCUGAGCAGGAAAGAGAGGAGACAUAAUAUAUUGGUUAUUGGGGGGUGGGGUGGAGAUGGUGGCAGGUUUAGGGAUUGGGAUGAGGAAAAAUGAGACACAGAGGCAAUAACAACACCUCCGCUCCUUCCCCGCCUUUCUUAUCACAUCCCCGCUUUCAUUCUGUCUUUAUCCUGGUGUUAGCGUUCAAAGAUGUGGGCGGAGUCAGAGCCGCUGCAACUUCAUCUCCAGGGAAAUGAAAAAAGGGAGAGGGAGGAUGAUGAAGUCAAGGCCAGAAAGAAAGCUUGUUUUUUUUCAUUCAGGAGCAAACAUUGUCAUCUUUUAUUUAGAAGCUGCUGCAUUUUAGGCUUGGUUGAUUUGGAUCUUGAUCAUGCAAACUCUUGCAGCACCCACACAGACACUGGUACCCCUCUGAAGAGUCAGCAAAGAGGGUAACAUUGUUAGUAAGGACAUCAGUUUACACACACCUGUCGUCUUUCUCUUGUUUCUUUUCGCCUCUGCCUCUUUAGAAGCCGAGCUAGCCCCCAAGCGUGAGGUCCCGUCAGGAGAGGCCACAGCCUUGGAGGCCCUCUUGAGGGGGGACAGCCUGCUGGAGAAAAAAACCUGCAUCCCAAAAGAGGAGGAGACAUUACUGGAAAUUCAGGUGAGUGAAAAAGGCACAGUGCCGUUCGUUUACUAAGGUGGAUAAAUUGUCAUAAAAUAGUGAGAGAGGGUGAAAUGCUCCAAGUCUUAACCAUCACCUUUUUCAUGUGUGCAGUCUUAGACAUUUCUAGGGAGGGGGUCCCAAAGGGGGCAGAACAUAACAUCAAAAGCAUACCGUGAAAGGCUACAGAGUAGAUUUUACAGAGAACAAAAACCUCCCUUUGCACGAUUUCAGCUCUGCACAGGUCACUUAGGGGAGACCGGGGCUUGUUGUCACACUUUUUACUCUCGUAUAUUUCAUGGAAUCCAUACAUCAUAUAUAAACAUGAUGUGAACCGCAGAGUUAUAACCAAUCAAAGCGAGAGUGUGAACAUGUGACGUGUUGCCCCACCAUGGGUAGUUGAAACCGCUUUUCUGGUCCGAGUUUGAUUCAUGAUAAAACCGUGGAAUAUUACUGAGGUUAAUGUUACUGAGAAAUGUUCAGAAGGCUCAAAAGCAGCGAUUUGGUAUAAAAAAUAAGUAAAUAUAUUGAUAAAGCACUUAUAUUAACAAAACAACUGCUAAUUCUAGGUGUAUCUUAAAGUUAGUUUAAAUCAGAACAAUGACCACAUGUGUCACUGGGGGGAUUUUUAUCUGGACGAAGCUUAUUUUAAAAUAUAUAGUUAAUUUUUUUUUACUUUGGGCUGUGCAAAAUGGUUUAUCAGCGCUCAUCUCAGCUCACAAUGUGCUCUUCUCUUCUCAGACAGUAUAUGACCCCUGACUAAAGGAAUAAAACUAGUAUUCCACUUUUUAGUUGCGCCCUCUGGUGGCAAAGAUAAUUGCAAUGUGACAACUUACCCAUGUGACAACAAGCCCUGGUCUCCCCUACUUUAAACAUUAUCAACCCUCCUCACUCUAGAGCUCACUCUGAUUUUACGCCAAACUUUUACUGAUAAGGUCAGGGUGAAAAUCUCAGCUGUUUGCAGCCCCUUCUGAGAAUUUAGGGGAAGUUUUUAGGGGUUUGUGCAUAUGUAUAUGAAGCUGAUGUAUCUCGUAAUCCUCAGCAUCUUCUAUAACUCCCACUCUUUCUAUAUGUGCGACUGCGCUCCGUAGAGAGUUCUGGAGGCGGAGGAAAACGGGGACGGUUUCCACGAUGACGAAGACUUUGAGCUGGAUACUCCAAAGAGAAAGAACAGAAACAGAGGCAAAGUGAGUGUCCAAGUGUUUCUAUUUAUGGGGUAAAAAAGGAUUGUAACGUUGUUUAGACGAUGCAAAAUUGAUGACAUGGAGGAGUCACACUGAUUUUACAGCAUCUUUUCACAAUUCAAGGAGCAUUAUAUCGACUUUUUAGCCACAUCUUAGGGUACGUGAACCUCGUUUUUGACAUAAAUCCAUCAGUAAACUUCAUAAAAUUAAGAAGUCACAUGUUGCUGUUAUCGCAGAUUUGUUGUGAAAUGUCUAAACAGGUUAAAAGUAUCACAUAUGUUGUAGUGACUAUGCUGACCUGAAUUUUAGUCACUGUCAGGGUGCGGGAGUGAGGUGUUUUUGACACGCUUCAUGUGCAAUCAAAUGUCCAAUCUAAGGUUAUUGUUGAGUUAUAUUUUUGCCAUUUAUUGAUUGAAUGAAAAGCAAACAAAAAAGACAGAUACGUCAAUGGUGAUGUUCUUGAUGAGGGUGAGAGUGGUGCAAGAGAUUACCGUUAAAAACCAUGUGCUCUUCCCUUUGUAGCAUUUACCUGAAGUGCCCCUUGUGGUGACUGUGCGAGUAACAAAACAAAAGCCCCAUAAAUAAUAGAGAUAAAAUGUCUCAUACAUAUGUGUUUGUUUCCUUUUUAGAACAGAGGAUCCAGUCGCAGAAGGACAGAACCUGUUAACUUGGACGACCAGGACAAACCCUACGUCUGUGACAGUAAGAGAAAUAGACGGAUAACUCUUUGUGAAUCAUGUGAUCACAGUUUAGUUAGUCUAACUUAGUCCAGAUUCAUACUGUUUUCUAAAUCCAGAGGAAAUACAGAAAAAGAAUCUAAGGAUACUGUUUUUCGAAUUUUAGGUUUCAUAAUCCAAACUAGACUGGUUAUAUUUUCACAUCCUCCAAUGAUAGUCCCUACUUCUUCUGUUUCUGAGAGCCCGCCCUCUGCAGCAUGAAGAAAGGGUUUGCUGUUAACGCAGACCUGACUAGCAUGCCUCUCGCGUACUUGGGCAGAAUCCCUCGGGCUUGGGGGGGGGUGUGUGGACGGAGACGGCCUCGCUCCAACAAAUGAAUCUCAUCCUCAUUUUUGUGUCUUGUUCUGUCUUUCCUUUAUUGUUUGCUUUUGUGUCUUCUCUGUUCCAGAUAGAUACAAACAAAAGCAUAACUCAAAAAAGGCUGAAGAAGGUAUAUGAAACUGUCGCCAUCUUGUCUUCCUUAGCGGCAACCGUGAACUGUCUUUUAUGAUCGGCCUUUUUGCUCAUGGGCAUCUGGUGUGGGAAUGGCUGACUGACUGCUAAUCUUAAAACGAUAUCUGCUGCUUUAAAUGCUUUUCUGCUAGUCCGGGCAUCAGUGCAAGCAUUUUGCAUGACACUAACGCUACGCCAUGUGCCUUCAUGCUUGCUCAUUGCAAGGCAUGCAUCGAUAAUGCUCGUGUAGCAGCUGCUGUCGCACUGGAUGAUGCAUGUUUCUCAAGGCCUAACUAGCAGUGAUGUGAUCCGCAGAUGUAGCCAUUGUAGAAGCCUUCGCAGCGGAUGGCGUUUCUUGAAAAUUUCACAUGGGUCCAUUUUUAACCGUGUGGUCGGAUUGGCAGCAAGUUAACAAGGACGUGGAGGAGCUUUGUGGUAAAAUAUGCUAAUCUGGUUACAGAGGAAUGGCUGCAGAUUUGGAGAAGAAAGCAGCUGGAAAAAAAAAAGAAAAACACAACAAAAAGAGACUUCUAUGAUGGCUACAGCUCUAGUGUGAUAGUGGAAAAACCCCAGGAGCUUCGACAAUGGUAGACUGUAGAUCCUAGUUUCCCUAUAAUUAGUUUACAACAUGUUUCCAAACCGAUCCUCUUUAUAUCUUUGAGUUUCGACUUCAUGGCUUCACAGAGCAGCGAAAAGGCGCCUGUCAAGCUGUUUCUAGACCGAUAGUUGUAAGCCGAUACUUAAACAUGUGUCCCUCCCUGUGUACACAACAUUAGAUAUCUAUCCUGUUUCUUUAAAAUAGCUUCUUGGUUGUAUGUAUUUCACCAAAACACCUCUUUCUCUCUUUGUUUUUUCAGUUUUUACUGUACGUGCAUCACAUAGGUGGCAUUUCAUUCAACAAACACCCCUUAAAAUAACUGUGUUUAAUCGUUUUUUGCUACUGAAUUGUGAGACAAAGUUUAAGACUCUUUUUCUUCCCUUAUUAUAGCUCCACUGCUGUUUAUUUCACAGGGGAUUGCACUCCUCUAAUCACCCUGUGGUGUUUUAUCUUUAGUCUGUGGAAAGCGCUACAAAAACCGCCCAGGCUUGAGUUACCACUACACCCACACUCACCUGGCAGAAGAGGAGGGUGAGGAGGAGGAGAAGGAGACGGAGAUGUCUCUGUCUCCUCCACGUUGCUCCGACAACCAUAAACGUAAGAUCAUUUAAUCACAUAGGAUGACAACGCUUCAGGAAAAGAUGAUUGACAGCUGGUCUCUUUGUAUGACAGCUCAGAAGGGCCCAGAUGGCACAAUUAUCCCCAACGACUACUGUGACUUCUGCCUGGGAGACCAGGACUCAAACAGAAAGACGGGCCAGGCUGAGGAGCUGGUGUCCUGCUCUGACUGUGGACGCUCUGGUGAGUCUCUGUUAUCCACAACAUGGAAGGUCAAAGAUUCAUGGUCUUUGUUGGUGCCAACGUAAAAGUAAUUCUUUCUUAAAGGGAUAUUCCGGCGUAAAAUUAAGUUAGGGUCAAACACACCAUAACACCGAGUUAGACACCCCAACCGCUUACUUCUCUAGUUAUACAAACUUCAGUAACGACCGCAUGAUAGCAAUACAGGGAGCCAUGCGCUCAACCAAAAACACCACUUUAUAGCCACAAAUAAGGCUCAGAACAGCACCUAACUUCAUCAACAGGACAUACAGGGUCCCAGCCAUAGUACUAGCCACCAAACAUCUUUUUAACUUUUCCUAAUUUCUUUAGCAAAGAGACUAAACACAACUCACCCACUCUCUUCCAGCAGCCGCUUGUUUGUACAGAGGACUCGGGCCAGUCCAUCACGACUGCUGCGGGGUGACGCAGCUCAAGAAAGAACAUUUAUGAUUGUUUCUUUAUCAUUUCCUUGAAGUAAUAAUCACCAUAUUAAUCAUUUUGCACUGCAGACGUGGUAGUUCUUCUGCCUUAGCGUUUCAGUCUGAUUGCAUUUCCAUGAAGAAAUGAUCAUAAAUGUUCUUCCUUGAGCUGCGUCACCCCGCUGCAGUAAUGGACUCGCCCUGAGGGCUCCAUACAAACAAACGGCUGCUGGAGGAGAGACGGUGAGCUGUGUUUAGUCUCUUUGCUAAAGAAAUUAGGCAAAGUUAAAAAGAUGUUUGGUGGCUAGUACUAUGGCUGGGACCCUAUAUGUACUGUUGAUGAAGUUAGCUGCUGUUCUGAGCAUUAUUUGUGGCUAUAGAGUGGCUUUUUGGUUCAGGUUUGUUGUGUAUUGCUAUCGUGCGGUCGUUACUAAAGUUGGUAUAACUAGAGAAGCAAGUGGUUGGCAACAAUCAUUUCUCGAGGGGGUGUCUAACUCGGAGUGUUUAACCCUAACUGGAAUAUCUCUUUAAUCCCUGAAGCCAUAGGUAGGAUUUCUAUAACCAAGAAAGAAAAACCAGCCUGACUAGUCCCAUCCUUUUCAGGCCGUGGUUAUAUCCUGCCUUCUUUUGAGCCGUAUCUUUACCUUCCCGAACUGCCACAGCUCAUUUCCUCAUUUUUUCCUACCAUAACACUUCUGCACUAAAUUUCCCUCCAGUCAUGUUUACGUCUUUGUUCACUCAUCACGGGCUGAUAAAGUUUGAGUGUUUCUGGCAGCUUUCCCAGCAGAUAUAAAUCAGUUCAUCUUUGAAUUGAACUCAUUGUGGCUCAUUGAUGUCUCACUGAUAUCAGGAUGAAACCAAUUAGCGUGCGGAUGAGACACAGAGAGAGCUGUGAAGCUCUGAAGAGGCUUUUACUGACACUGAUAAUAGCUGUGAGACUUUUAUCAUGAAGACAGGGAACCAGCAAGAGUGAGAUAGUAUCCAGCUAUUGUUACAUUAGCUGCUGUUUUAGUGUUACUGAUGAAGUUUAUGCUUUCUCACCUCUCCCUACAGGUCACCCCACAUGUCUGCAGUUCACUGACAACAUGAUGCAGGCAGUGAGGACGUACCAGUGGCAGUGCAUAGAGUGCAAAUCCUGCAGCCUGUGUGGCACCUCAGAGAACGACGUAAGCAAACAUGCAGCCUUACAUAUAUUGGUAAACUAGGAGAGAGGAGUCACAGCUAAUGCAUUACAAUGAGUUUAGUUGCUUCUGCAAUUCCUAGAUUAACUCUGACAUCUGUUUUUCUAAAGAAGCGUGACAAAAAUUUAGCAAAUUUGGAUAAAUGAUGUAGGUUUGGGUGAAUUCCUAGUUCUGUAUGAAUGUAUCGUGAUAAAUGUGGCAGCGUUUUGGACACUCUUGUUCAAGUAUGUGUCACUUUUUGUUGCAGAUAUCGACCAAAACUUUCUCUUUUAACUUUAGCUUGUAACUUCAGGGUCACACAUUUCUGUUUAGGACAUUUUAAAUGCAAAAAUUUCACACAUUGAAAUCUUAACUGCUUAUCCAAUAUGUUUCGACUCCUACUUGGAUGUGUGUGAAAACUCGGUUAGUGUCGAUUUUGGCGCCCUCUCUGGACAGAUCAGCCUUGACUUAUCUGGUCCUUUACAUGCUUAAUGAAGUAGUAUUUUAGGACCAAAAAACAUCAUUCUGCUGAUUUUUGAUGGUUAAAUGUGUGAUUUAUUGAGAAUACUUUGUGAGAAAACUCUAAAAAAGUAAAACUGUCCUUUUAUGUUUUUCCUUCCAUGUAAAAUAUUCGCUUUAAAAGACACAUUUGACCGUCAAAAGUCGGCAAAUUUCUUUCAGGCGCAUGUAUUUUCUGCCCUCUGCACAUAUUCUACAUAUUUUAUGUUUUUAAGAUGUUUUUUCUUCUUUUAAUGCAGGACCAGCUGUUGUUCUGUGACGACUGCGACAGAGGAUACCACAUGUACUGCCUGAAGCCUCCGAUGACCCAACCUCCUGAAGGUACUGCUCUUGUAGUUUUAACCGGGGAUCAGGGGGAUUACGCUGCACAUGUACUGUCACACUCAUGUUCUGUAUGUUCUGUAAGCAAAGACUAUAUAUGGUGAAAAGCAAAGAGGACAAGGAUUUCACCCUCUCUGCGUCCCUCUUUGUCUCCACAGGGAGCUGGAGCUGUCACUUGUGUCUGGACAUGUUAAAAGACAAAGCCUCGGCGUACGGAGAAGCAUAACUCCGACCGACAAACACGAGGAUAUAUCACAAACUUCUACCUACAGAUUAACUGUUUGACCCACACAGAUGCACACACUCAUUCACACACACACACACACACACACACACACUCCAGUGCAUUAGCAGGCUCAGGGCAGUUGUUUGACCUCUCGUACAGCUGAGCUAAACUCCAGAUGCAAACAGCGUUGUCUUACAGCCGGCCUGCCAUCCAGUCAUUUCUCUACCUCACCACUCAGCUGACGGCAAAAACGCCAAAGCAACAUUCGUAACGGCCAACACUGUGUAGCGCGUACGUUCGUGAAACACACGCUAACUUAAACCAAACACACAGAUUUUUUUCCUGAUUGAAAUUAAUUUGAGUUUGAGGAGCGGAGCUGCACAGCCACGGGAACCUAAAGUGGUUUUGACUGAGGUUUGUUUAAACGUCUCCUCCCGUCCCUCCUCCUCCUCCUCUCCUGUGUUUACGCUCUACAGUGACAUUCCUGUUUUAUAUCAGCGCGGACUCCACUAGUUACGCUAUAAUUCACAGGUUUUGUCAAGCUUGGUGAAAGUUAUAUCCACUGCUGAGGGGAUGCAAAGCAGUAAAACAGAUGGAAUAUCAUUUCUGUUGGAGAAAAAAAACACAUCUGUUUUUUGUGUAUUUUCAGGUUACUAUGGUGCUAAAUUUGACACAACAAAGAACCAACAUUUCUUCCACUGUAUAGAUUGGUCUAAUGUUAGUGUCAAGAUCAUGGUCUAAUGUGGAUCAGCAGUUCCUAAUUGUAUUUGUAAUAACUCCCCAAUGCUGAUAAAAUGGCUGUAUUGUUAAAUAUUAAUCCAUUAACACAGACGUAAACUGUUGAUUCUGUUCAAAAGGAAAAUAUAGGAACAUUCCCACAAUCCAAGAGAUUUAAUCCAAACACUGUAUCCAUUAAGAUCGAUGGAUUAUGUCAAAUCCACAAGGGUGGUGUCCUCUUACUCCGGUUGUCUGUGAUCCGUCUUACCCUGUUAGAAAAGGGACCGGAUCCUCUGUCUUUUUCAGGUACCUCAGCGUAGAUACUGAGAGUGAUGGGCGCUCAUUUAAGCGAUCCAGAUCAUUUGGCUAAGUGGUAAAAGUUAGGGAGCUCUAAAAUGACACUGGAGAAAACUAAGUGUUUUUCAAAUUAAAGGGAUAUUCUGGUGUAAAAUUAAGUAAGGGUCAAACACACCGUAAUACUGAGUUAGACACCCCCUCAACCAAAACGCCACUCUAUAGCCACAAAUAAUGCUCAGAACAGCACCUAACUUCAUCAACAGGACAUAUAGGGUCUCAGCCAUAGUACUAGCCACCAAACAUCUUUUUAGCUUUGCCUAAUUUCUUACGAAAAGAGAUGAAACACAACUCACCAUCUCUCUUCCAGCAGCCACUUGUUUGUAGCGAGACCUUGGGCCAGUCCAUUACAGACUACUGCAGGGUGAUGCAGCUCAAGGAAGAACAUUUAUGAUAAUUUCUUUAUGGAAAUUAAAUGGACUGGCCCGAGGUCUCACUAAAAACAAGCGGCUGCUGGAAGAGAGAUGGUGAGUUGUGUUUCAUCUCUUUUCGUAAGAAAUCAGGCAAAGUUAAAAAGAUGUUUGAUGGCUAGUACUAUUGCUGGGACCCUAUAUGUCCUGUUGAUGAAGUUAGGUGCUGUUCUGAGUAUUAUUUGUGGCUAUAGAGCGGCGUUUUGGUUGAGUGUGUGGUUCUCUGUAUUGCUAUCAUGCGGUUGAUACUAAAGUUGGUAUAAGUAGAGAAGCAAGCGGUCAGCAACAUUCAACUCUCGACGUGGUGUCUAACCCAGUGUUACGGCGUGUUUGACCCUAACUUAAUUUACGCCGGAAUAUCCCUUUAAGCGAUCCAGAUCAUUUUGCUAAUCAGUAACAAGUCACCUCGUUCGCGCCUCCCCAGUCUUGAAACCAUUCCUGUAAAUUCAAAAAAAAGUGCUGUGUGUUUAUUAUCAGCCCUUUAUACAUGACUGUUUGAGAGCAGCAGGGUGGAGGAUAAUAACACGUCCUGAAUAAACAGUAUUUAAUGUUCAGUCCUGUCUGGAUGUUGUCGCAGGUUUUUCAUACAGUCAUAGAAUAAACCAGAGUAAAUUUAGGACAUUUACCAUGUGUGUUAACUGUAAACCCAUAAAAAAAUAACCCAUUCUACUUAAUUUAACUCUGCCUCAGUAUGUCAGUGCUCUUUAAAUACAAGAUCGACAAUGAAUAGAAGAAAAAGUCAAGAUUUACAGCUCUAGAUGCCCCUCAGUGGGAGUCCUGACAGGAUACCAGAAACUGCAUUUGUCUUUUUAAUUGGGAGUUUGUAUCUGAUAUUGUCUUUCCACUGACAAUCAUGAACUAGCAUAGAAACAGUACAUGUUGUUAAUAAUAAGAAUAAUAAUAAUAUGCAGAGGUUUUUUAUUGUGCUUUUGUUACGUUUGUUUAAUGACCCUUUUUAUCUUCCUUUAAAAAAUGUUUUGCAUUUAAUUCUCAUUUGAUGCCAUCAGCUAUGGUGAUUCAAAACGUGUGAUGUGUUUUUGUAAAAGUAAAUGUUAUGUUUUUGUGAUAAAAUAAAGACUUUUACAUACA